AUGUACAUUAUUGUGGCAGACAUUGUGCCACUGGAUAAACGUGCCAGCUAUGAAGGGCUCAUUCAAGCUUGCUUUACCUUUGCUACAGUAUGCGGUCCUUUUGUUGGUGGCACAUUGACCGACCACGUGAGCUGGCGAGGGAUUUUCUUUGUCAUAAUUCCUCUCGGUGUCAUAGGGAUGAUCAUUAUUGCGCUCUUCCUUCAUUUGCCAGUUGAAAAACAAGAUCUCCGAAACAAGCUUAAACGCAUUGACUAUGCAGGGAUUCUAAUGGUUAUGGGAGCUACGGUUCUUUUCAUGCUGGCCAUGAGCUUUAUCAGUCAAGGAUAUCCAUGGGAGUCUCCUUUCAUUAUUGCUCCGGUGGUAUCCGCCACCGUCCUUGUUGCUUUACUGAUCUAUGUCGAAACCAAAGUUGCCAUUGAACCAUUGCUGCCUCCUCGAUUGUUCACCAAUGUCCCUGUCGUGUGUUUCAACAUUUACAACCUGUCAUGGGGCAUCGCCUACACCGCUUUCAUGUACUACGUCCCAACCUACUUUCAAGUUGUUUUUGGCGAUUCGGCAAUGCAAUCAGGGAUGCGACUCAUACCUCUUGACGUGUGUUCCAUGAUAGUGGCGUUCGCUGUAGGGUGGUACAUUACACUGAAAGGAGGCUAUCGACUACCGCUCUCUGGUGGCAUGGCGUUGUACGUUAUUUGCUUUGGUUUGUUCUUUUUGUUUGAUGCCAACACAAGCUGGGCAGAGAUACAAGGAAUCAUGGUCAUUGGAGGUGUUGGAACGGGAGGCAUUGUUGGAUCCAGUGCUAUUGCACUUCAAGCUGCCGUUGAAGAAAGGGAUAUCGCUGUGGCCUCAGGAUUGCUUGCAUAUACGUUCAUGUUGGGUGGAGGACUUGGCGCUGCUUUGGCAUUUGCUCUCAUCAACUUGUACCUUCAAAACAACCUUCCUCGAAUGAUUCCACCUGAAUACGCUGACCGCAUUUUCGAAUACCCCGGCUUUGUUCGUGAUGGCCUUCCUUCACAGUACUUUGAUGCAGCCAUAGCGGUCUACAAUGACGCCUACAAGCGAUUAUGGUACUUGAUGGUGAUAUUUUCUGGUAUAGCAUUCGUGAGCUCGCUUUUUAUAAAGCAGUUCUCAUUGAUCCGGGUUGACAGCGAUGAUACCAUACAUGAAGAAGGCAACGAUAGGCAAAGUCACAAUGUCUCAGAGCCCAACAAGAACCCAAAUAGGUCACCCACGUCAAUAUCGGGCCAAUACCAAAGCCUGGCAACGGAUCAGCAGCUGUUACGUAGUUAUUAA